AUGCCCCGGGGGAGGCGCGGCGGCCGGGUGAGCGCCCUGGAGGGCGGCCCGGAGGAAGCAGCGGCCCCGGCCCCGGCCCCGGCGGCGGGGGCGUCCCAGCUACAGCCCCCCGCGGCGGCCGCGCAGACCCUGCUUCGGGGCAUCUUCGAGAUCCGGCGGAGCAGCUGCGACGUGGUGCUGAGCGAGCGCGCCCUGAGGUGGCGGCCCAUCGUCCCCGAGCGCCCCGCGGGUGACUCCAAAUGUGAUGUUCAAUGUAAAGAAGAAUUUAUUGAAGUCAAGGACAUAUUCUCUGUCAAACUGAAACGACGUUAUUCUGCUAAGCAACAGGGAAAUGGUACUUUAUUGGGUAUCACACUCUUCAUUUGUUUGAAAAAGGAACAAAAUAAAUUAAAAGAUUCUACGCUUGAUCUUAUUAAUUUAAGUGAAGACCACUGUGAUGUAUGGUUUAAGCAGUUCAAGAAAAUUUUGGCAGGUUUUUCAAAUAGACCAAAGUCAUUAAAAGUAAUUCUUAACCCCCAAAGCCACAAAAAAGAAGCUACCCAGAUCUAUCACGAGAAGGUUGAGCCACUGUUGAGGGUUGCAGGAAUAAAGACUGAUGUUACAAUCACAGAAUAUGAAGGGCAUGCUCUGGCACUGCUUAAGGAAUGUGAACUCCAGGAGUUUGAUGGUGUCGUCUGUGUUGGUGGAGAUGGAUCUGCCAGUGAAGUUGCACAUGCUUUGCUUCUUAGAGCCCAGAAGAAUGCUGGGAAAGAAACAGAGAGCAUUCUCACCCCUGUCCGAGCACAGCUUCCACUUGGGUUAAUACCAGCAGGCUCUACUAACGUACUGGCACAUUCUCUUCAUGGAAUCCCUCAUGUGGUAACUGCAACUUUGCACAUUAUAAUGGGGCACGUACAACCAGUUGAUGUCUGCACUUUUAGCACAACUGGAAAGCUUCUUCGCUUCGGGUUCUCAGCCAUGUUUGGCUUUGGUGGAAGAACUUUGGCCUUGGCAGAAAAACAUCGAUGGAUGUCACCCAACCAACGAAGGGAUUUUGCGGUAAUGAAGGCAUUGGCAAAACUUAAGCCUGAAGACUGUGAAAUAUCAUUUUUACCAUUUAUCAGUUCUCAUGAUUUAGAAGAAAGGAAGGCAGAAGGAUCUCCCAAAUCCGACUGUAAUGAUCAGUGGCAAACCAUCCAGGGUCAGUUCUUGAAUGUCAGCAUUAUGGCAAUCCCUUGCCUGUGUUCAGUGGCACCUAGAGGCUUGGCACCUAAUACCAGAUUAAAUAAUGGAAGCAUGGCUCUUAUAAUUGCACGAAACACUUCUCGACCAGAAUUUAUAAAACACCUGAAAAGAUAUGCCGGUGUUAAAAAUCAGUUCAAUUUUCCAUUUGUUGAGACUUACACUGUUGGAGAAGUAAAAGUUCGUCCAAGAAAUAAUAGCGGAUACAGCCUAGAGGAGGAUGGACUGCAUGCCGCUGCUUCAGAAAACAGUUUCCCUUGGAAUGUAGAUGGUGACUUAAUGGAAGCCAAAUCAGAGGUUCAGGUUAAAUUACACCCAAGGCUUAUCAAUCUUUAUGGAGGAAGCACGGAAGAAAUGAAUGAUUCUCAAGGAACAUGUAAUUGUUUAUAAAAAAAAAAAAGUACAAACUAGAAUUUUAA